AGUACGCGCGCGCGCCCCUCGUCGGCCGCUCAUGAUGAAUUAGAAAUUUUCUAUAUCUCCUUGCUCGCAGAUUUUGGUAAAUAUUUUCGAUGUACUCCACAUUUUAGUCCCUUUGUUUGGUGUUUUGUGAUUAAUGUUUUUAUUGUCUAUGGUUUUUGUAGAGCCCAUCCGUAGAGUCCUGUACCGGCCAGAAAUGGUUCCAUAAAUAAAAUUCAUUUCAAAUAGAGAACUUAUUAGUGGCCAGUGUCGUGUGUGACGUUCUAUUUUCGAAAACUUUAUUCGUGAACAUAAACGAUCAGUGUUUUUUUAUUAAGCAAAGGUGUUAGUGUCCCAUGAUAUUAAAUUUGGAAGAAAAUGGGGAAAAAGAAGAAAAAUAACUCGAAUAAAGCGGGUAACAGGUUCUUCCGUUGGAUAAGGAGCGACCUCCCCGAUGCUGAAGACAAGAAGUCGCCGGUUCUACUCUUAGGAGUGAACAAGAUCUCCGACUCGCCUUUCGUCAGGAGACGGUCCGUCGAACCUCACAGUUCAGGGUCGAUUAGAUUCUUCAGACCACCCAAAUCCAAAUACACCAGAGGGCACCACGGAGAUGAACGCUUGGAGAAGAUCAGGAAAGAUCUUCUCGUUCACAAAAGCAAGCCGGACAAGUACAUUCCAAAAGCGGAGCACGACGUGUCAUUAGAACCAGAAGAAAAAUGUCUCAGGCUAAACUGCGUUGGCAACUGUAUUUGUGAUCGAAAGAGAAGUUCAAACAGAGGCUCCUUUUCUUUUCACGCAGCGGAGAGACAGUCUUCCAGUUCGGAAAGAUACGGCUGUCCCGAGGAAAGGAAGGACUUGUCCGAAAACGAUAUCGAAUUCAAAUACACAGAACACAUUCCAAAUUCUCAACCUUCGAGCAGUAAGCAGAGCUCGUAUGAUGUAACGCCGAAGUCUACUGAGAGACGGCACUUCUUAUUAGCAAACCUUAACGAGCGAUUUAGAAAGACCCUCAGCUUAGACUCUCGCAAGGUUGGCAACAAUAGAGUUCUCACUCUACCGCAGGAAAACCGCCCCAAAUCUUUGGUGAACACGAGCAACAUUUGCGUGCAGCAAUACAAAUCCGAUCUCCAAGCAAAUUUUAGUAAAUCUAGCCAACCUAAGAAGAAACGGAAAUCUUUUUUCUCGCUAGAAACGUUCUUUGACUCCAAGAAGUCUGACACUUCGUCUAUAGACGAUUACUGUUCUUCGAAGUACAAGAGGUUUGAAUUGGAAAGCGACGAUUCACCUUUAUUCAGACGUGAUGACCAGAGGAGAGAAAAAACUCCAGAUUUAUUAAACUUGCCAGUCAUCAUUGACUCUGUUAAGAAGAAGCAUUCAGACACAAGACGGCAACUAGAGAAAUUAGAGAAUUACUACUAUAAUAAAAACAAAACCCAGACGGUGAUCGACGCUGUUCCCAAAGACGCAAAAGAUCUCGAAGGACCAAGCGGCCAUUCCAAUCAAGAGUUUGAUGAUGAGGAAGUAGAAUACAUUGAGCCAAUCCGAAGUACGUUUACUAGUCAAAGCACGUUGAUUUUGGAUAAAAGUACGCCGAAACCUGACUCGAUUUUAACUAUAAAUACGAUAGAGACUGAUAUAAAAUUACCGAGUACGUCUGUGUCGCCGAAUGAGGCAAGAGACGAUGAUAGCAUAGGAGCCUUUGAGAUUGAAGUGAAAGAAACCGAUCUUAAGAGUAGAGUAAAGGACUUGGUAGUCAAAGUGAUGGAUAAGUCAGUGGACUCAAUAGGCAGCUGCUCCCUGGAUGUGGACGCUAGCACGGAUUUCUCAGAUACAACGUCCGGUAGCUUGAAUCUGCUCACGCCGUCCUCCACCACCAGUCGAAUCCGGGAUUUCACGUCCCGCAUCCAGGAGCGAGCCACUUCCAACUUGCAGACCAACUACCUGGCCACACCGACGCCAGUCGUUACCCCCGUUCGGACGCCAGAGGAAACCACCCCCACGCCCAAGAAACAAUCGGAGAAUCUCCUCAAACCACCGCCGAAGAUCCACGUGGAUUCCUCAAGCCAUCGGUCGCGAGGACACCACAAAAAGCGAGACGACGUCCCUCACAAAAAGCCCAGCUACCUCAACUUGGCCUGCUCCGUCAAUGGUUACACUAACCUAACCACAUACGAUUCCAAGCUACGUCAAGAUAUCAACAAAAGUCGCGAAGCAUCCCCUAUAAGGCCUAUCACUCACACAUACCAGUACAGAAGCGAGAACAAUUCCUUAUUGGUACCAGUGCCGGUCAGUGCCAACAAACUGCUGGUUCCGACCUUCGGACCUCAUGAUACAAGAACUGAUUUGACAUCGAAAGCGCCUUCCAAGGCGCAUACGGAUCCUUACUUGGCCACGUCGCCGCUCCAUGUCUACAUGGCUGCUGAGAACAAACAACUGAAGAACGACUUCCUCGGACCCAGCAUGACGACCACCAGCCGACCUUACAUCUCCACGGAGAGUAAGAAUUUCGCGGCGUCCAUGCUGCAUCAGAAAGAUGAAGUAGAUAACGCUAAGGAAGUCACAUUCAAAUCUAGUUAUUCGGAGACGAAUUUCAGGAAAACCGUCACGACUAAUGGCAAGGAGUCCAGGUUCACGUCGGAGUCGUAUACCAUAUCGUCCAACGGAGUGUCGAAAAGAGUAGAGAUUACAAAAGAAAAUGGAGAGAAACUCACAAGUCCCAUGAAGAGUUUUAUACAGCAGCGCGUGGAGAGGCUGUACGGCCCUGGAGCGUUAGCCCAGGGCUUCUUCAACCAAAAAAGACACAAGCUGAAGAGUCAGAGCGAAGACGACGACUCCAAAGUAUUAACUGAGAAGUCGUUGAACUGCCCCGACACAUUCUCGGCGUCAAAGAAACUGAAUAAGAGUUUCGACGACGCGUUCACUAGUCCAAACGGGGAGAUGGAUGCGAACGUCUCCUUACCGGUGUUGAGGCACUUGAGGCCGGAGUUCCGGGCGCAACUGCCGAUUCUGUCUCCGAAGAAGAGCCUGAAGGCGGAUAUCUCUCCGCAGAAGGUGGAACAAGACAUUCCUAAAGUGGAGGUGCAAACGAAUGACGUGACAAGUGAAGUGGUGACCAAUGGUGUAUCUGUGAUAAAACUGGACGAGCCUAAAGAGCAAGUGAGUGUUAAUGGUGACAAAACUAACGGAGAAGUGGUGAAGGACGGUCACUACUUCUUGGACCUAGAGAAGAAGGAGACGGAGAGGCUGCUCGCGCUGGCCGCAAGCGCCGAGAAAGAGCUGGAAAAUUUGCAGAACCAGGACGUUAGCGAGGAAGUGCUGGGACUGCUGCGCUCUGCGUCGGGCAAGGCUCGUCUGCUGGCCACGCAGAAGAUGCAGCAGUUCGAAGGCCUGUGCUACAACAACAUAAAUGAGCGUCAGGACGAGCCGUUCCCGACGACUUUGCAGGACCUGCAGGGCUUCUGGGACAUGGUGCUGCUGCAGGUGCGGAACGUGGACGCUCUCUACCAACACAUCGACAUGCUGCGCGACAACAAAUGGCAGGAGCUAAGCAGUCCAGUGCAGAAGGGUUCGUCGUGGACGCCAGCUCCGUCUCCCUCGCCCGCCCGCGCCCGCCCCCGCGCCACCCCGCUCAAGAACGAGAAGGCACGCCUCGCCGCUGAGAAACGCGAGGCUGACAGGAAGGCCAUGCUGGAGCACAGGAGGCGCGUAGCCCGCGAGCGACAGCUGGCGGCGCGAGCCUCCGCGCCCGGCACCAGCGAGCAGGACCAUGACAUGAGCAUCGAGGGGAGCCAGGAAGUGGAAAUAUUCGUGGGCAAAGGCGCGAAGCCGUCGACCGUGGCGCCCACUGGCGACUCGCAGAGCUGAUCGCAGCCGCGCCACCACACGCACUAACUUUAUGUUCACACACCAAGAGCUGAGGGAAAUUUGUCGUACGAAUGCACCAUUGUAGCGCCAUGUGGGACGCAAUUUGUUGUGUGGAUGAAUGUACUGCUGUUAAGACAAAAAUAUGUUAUAAAAUCCGGCUCGAAGGACCAAAGUUCAUCCUUUGAUAUAGGUGAUAUGGUUCGUUUGUAAAGGGAAAUAAAAAGCGUCCCACAAGGUCUUACACUUGUACAAUCGUUGAACUGAAUAGAUAAAUACGCCCCAAAGCCUGUAGCAAAGUUGACGCGAGUAACGUUUUAUUUAUCACAACAUUUAUCUCACGCAAUAUAUUUAAUCCAAUUAUUUAUUACAAUUUUACUAUUAUAAUUAAUUGAUCUGAUGUAAUCAAAAUAUUUACAUUAUUUAUUUUCACACAUUAAUCACAUUAGAUAAUGUUACUCAGGCAAUUUCGCUACAGCCGUCGAAAUGACGUCGCCGAGUCUGUACCACAAGUGACGCGAGUAACACAUUGGUAUUGUCUGUUGUUUUGGAUUUGUGUCGCGUGCUUUCGGUACAGGCUGGGCUGAUGAUGUCCAGUGAUAUUUUUUUACAGUGUCAGUUUUAGAGUCAGAUGGAUGUAUGCGUGCGGAGAGGGAUGGAAUUACGUUAAAUUUAAUGAAUUAUGAUACUCAACUCGCGCUAAUGGAAUAUUGAAAUCGUAUUUUUUAAUUUUUUGUCAAUUUUAAUCAUUUAUCCGAAUAAAUUAUUGUUUAAAUUGUCUUUUCUUUUUAAUUUCGACCGUGCCGUCGGUUUUAGUGAUUGCGAAUGGAUUUUUCCAUAUUGUAGUUUAAAUAUUAUACAUAGAAUUUAUAAAGUACAGUUGGCAAAAAUAAAUAAAAAUGAAUAAAGUCUUUGACGUUGAAAUAUAAACUUGUAU